AUGAUACGGUUUGAGGGGACACGUCAAGCUGUGAGCGAUCCUGCGCAGCGUGUGGGAAUGGUCUCAGGGAAAGACGAGAACAGAUUUCAACGACAGGGGGAAAUGGUUGAGAAAGAUGAUACAUGCUACCCAAGACCCUAUGGCGUCCACUUCCCAAUUCCCCUCCGAUCGUUGAGAUUCCCAUGGCGCAGGUCUCUCACCCUCACACCGGCAUGGAACCGAGUCUCUGAACCUACGAAUUUUACUCCACGACCCACCAUUCUUCGUCUCGCCGCCCGAAAAGGCUUCGUGGCCUCAUUGGGAACAGACCUAGUGAUGUAG